AAACAAACGCACUCGGACAUCUCGGACUGUGACGUAGGCAGACUGUAAACUCAAAACGAUAGCAUCGGACGGUUCUGUUAUUGUUCGGUUUGGAGAGUUGGGGGAGGCCGGUGCUUUGUUUUUAUUUUGGGGGGGUUGUGCGUUACCACAAGCAGGUUUCAUCGCGCUUAAACACCAGCACCUGCAUGCCUAGGCUUGGGAAUAUUUUAACAUUAUAGCGUCAUAUUUGCCCGGGCAGUGGUAAGCUAACAAUUUAGGUCCCAAAAGUAGCCGAUGGAUGCGCGGGUAUCGGACUUGUUUAGCUCAGGAAAUGGACACGGCUCUGGGUCUCAAGGUGUCGCCUCCAACAAUGUCAAGUCAGGUAAUGGCUAUGGGAUAGCCCCCAAAAAAGCCAGCGCCAAGAAGAAGGCAAAAGCUCGCUUCUCUCGCAACUACAAACCAAGCAAUAACACCCCGUAUCUACCUCCGGAGGCUGAAGAGGGAAACAUAGAGUACAAGUUGAAGCUGGUGAACCCCACACAAUACCGCUUCGAGCACCUGGCAACACAGAUGAAAUGGCGACUGCAGGAGGGUCGAGGCGAAGCUGUCUAUCAGAUAGGUGUUGAGGACAAUGGCAUGCUGGUGGGGCUGUCGGAGGAGGACAUGAGGGCGUCAGUAAAAACACUCCAUAGGCUCGCGGAGAAAAUUGGAGCUGACAUCACAGUUCUCAGAGAGCGGGAGGUCGACUAUGACUCUGAUGUGCCUCGAAAGAUUGCUGAAGUUCUCAUUCGCAAGGUGCCAGAUGACCAACAGUUCUUGGACCUGCGCGUAGCCGUACUGGGUAAUGUGGACUCGGGCAAGUCCACUCUGUUGGGUGUUUUGACGCAGGGUGAGCUGGACAAUGGGCGGGGGAGGGCGAGGCUCAACCUCUUCAGGCAUCUACAUGAGAUUCAAACUGGACGCACUUCAAGCAUCAGCUUUGAGAUUCUUGGCUUCAACAGCAAAGGAGAUGUUGUAAAUUACAGUGAGUCUCGGACAGCUGAGGAGAUUUGUGAGAGUGCUUCUAAAAUGAUCACAUUCAUCGAUCUAGCCGGUCACCACAAGUACCUGAAAACCACCAUCUUUGGCCUCACCAGCUACUGUCCAGAUUUUGCGAUGCUGGUCGUCAGUGCAAAUACUGGCAUUGCUGGUACAACACGGGAGCAUCUGGGCCUCGCCAUGGCACUGAAGGUACCCAUAUUCAUUGUUAUCAGUAAAGUGGACCUGUGUGCGCGGGCCACUGUGGAGCGCACCGUGCGGCAGCUGGAGCGUGUCUUGAAACAGCCGGGCUGCAACAAGGUGCCCAUGGUUGUAAGCAGCACGGACGAUGCCGUCACAGCAGCACAGCAGUUCGCCCAGUCACCCAACAUCACACCCAUCUUCACUUUGUCCAGUGUGUCUGGAGAGAGUCUGGAUCUGCUCAAGGUCUUCUUCAACAUCAUUCCCCCUCUUAGCAACAGUAAGGAGCAGGAGGAGCUUAUGCAACAGCUAACCGAGUUUCAAGUGGAUGAGAUCUACACGGUGCCAGAGGUGGGGACAGUGGUGGGAGGCACUCUGUACAGUGGUAUUUGCCGUGAGGGAGAUCAUCUUGUCGUAGGGCCCACAGAUUUGGGCCAGUUCCACAAGUUGACCAUUGGAAGCAUCCAAAGGAAUCGCUCGGCGUGCAGAGUACUCAGGGCCGGCCAGGCUGCUACGCUCGCCCUGGGCGACUUCGAUCGGUCACUAUUACGCAAGGGCAUGGUGAUGGUGAGUCCGGAGAUGGAUCCUACCAUCUGCUGGAUGUUUGAGGCUGAGAUUGUGCUGCUCUUCCAUGCCAAGACCUUCCAUAAGGGCUUUCAGGUGACUGUGCACAUCGGCAAUGUGAGACAGACUGCCACAGUGGAAGCUGUGUAUGGCAAGGAGGAGUUGAGGACGGGAGAGAAAGCAGUGGUUCUCUUCAAGUUCAUCAAGCACCCAGAGUAUCUGAAGGUGGGAGCAAAGGUGCUCUUCAGAGAGGGCGUGACCAAAGGCAUCGGCCAUGUCACUAAGCUGCAGCCCAUAACUCAGUACCGGCCGUCCCAAAAUGAGGAUGAGGAAGCCUGAGAUUCUCCAGACAACCCCAGCAGAAAACGCCGUCCCACCCCAAACACAAGGUGCUCUAUAAAACCACCUUCCUCUCCUUGCGAAGGCCACUCUGCCCAGUUCUCUGCACAGUAAAAUCCCCUUUGCAGGAUUUGUUGUUUUAUUACCCUUUUCCAAAGCCUUGUUACCAUCUCACUUAUUCGUCUCCUUCGGCCUUUUUAAUAACUGCUAAUGUUUUUCUGUGCUUUCUCGUGUGGAGAUUUCAAGAGUGUUGCUUUUCUUGGCGCUGGUAAGAAGAAACCUCUCGACCAUCUCGAUGACAGACUCGCUUAACAACAUCUAGCGAAGUGAUAUCGAGUCAGAGAGAGCACGUAGUUGCACAGAUCAAUAAGCGGCAGCUAGGAGGUUGCCUUCUCAAAUCCACGAUCAAGUGCUGCUUCCAAAGUUUACACCUCAGUGCACUCCUAAUACAGUUCAAGAAGAAUACUCACACACACACACACACACACACACACUGCACAUGCACUGAAAUGUACACAGAUCAGGCAUAAGAUUAUGACCACCUUCCUAAUAUUGUGCAUGUCUCCCUUGUGCCUCCAAAGCAGUUGUGACUCAUCAGAGAAUGGACAUGGACCUUCUGGGAGUGUCCCGUUGUAUCUGGUAACAGGAUAUUAUUAUUGGGGGUCUUUGGGUCCUGUGGGUUGAGGGGAGGGACCUCUGUGGAUCAGACUUGUUCCAGUACAUCCCACAGAUACUUGAUCAGUUUAGGAUCUAGUGAAUUUGGAGCCCAGGCCAAUACCUUGUGUUCGUCACUAAUAUGAGUGGGGGGACCCGGUAACAUCCACUGGAAUGCCAGGUCCAUGAGAUUCCCAGCUGUUAUUCACUUCUCCUCUCGGUGGUCAUAAUGUUGUGGCUGAUCAGUGUAAAUGUGUUGGCAUAGCAGAUGAAGUAUGAAUGCUGUGGCAUUUAGGUGUUACCUGCAUCACCAGUGUAACUUGUUCCACCAGCGUAGUGCCUGACUGAUGAUAACAAACCUCUGAUCACAUAUUUGAAUGCCCUCAGUGUCAGAGUCACAUUGAAAAGAUAAAAAAAAACCCAUGGGAUGCAUUUGUGAAUCUCAGACACAUGAUAGUUGAGCUGAACGAUCGUGCUUUAAGCUAUGUUGCUGCCAGAAGCACUUUACGAAGACAGAGACGAGGAUCAUGAGGUAUGCAAAGCUAAAACUUGACCCUGUUCGUACGUCAACCUGCCAAUAUAUCUCACACUGGCGAUCACGUUUUUAUCCGUCACAUUCGUCCGCGAGCUAUUUUUUAUUCACGACUAAUGCCUCAUGAUGGCGCGCCGAGACGGUAACAGUUGCCCAGCUGCCUGUCUUUCAAGUGCUUUAGUUACUCAGGUCAGUGUAGAUGAUAGACGGCAUUCCACUUUCACAGACCGGUGGAGGUUUCUGUUGCUGACUUUGAGGAAAAACAGACGAGGUUGUUUCUCCCAAAGAGGUGCGUCAGGUUAUGCAUAUGUAUGUUGAAGCCGCCCGACUGAGGCGGCUCUGUUGAAAAGCAGUUGUAGUUGAGGUACUUGAUGUCGUCUCUUCACUUAAGUUACUGAUGUCGUGAGCUUUGAAGGGGUUUAACACAGUGCCUCAUGGAACUGCUAUUCGAGUAGCCUUCCAUUACAGCCCAAAGUUUUUACAAUUUAGUAAAGAAAUCGACUUAAGUUGGUGCUACUACUAGAAACUGCUUUUGAUAUUUAGACAACACAGUUAAAAAUGAAUGUUAAUUACUCGAGGCCAUCUGUCAUCUUGUUGUUGCAUGUUGAUGUGGUUUAUAUACACAUUGUGGUCUCAACUGAUCGUGACGACCGUUGUUUUGUUGCACCCGCGUUGCUAACGCACAGUUUGCGUGCAGUCAGGUAAACUAAGAACACAACCAAAAUAUUUUAUAGCAUUUAUAAAGAGUUCAGGUGGUAUUAAAGUUUGUUUUAAUGCAUCUCCUAAGUAUUUUAUAGAUUUCUUGUAGUUCCGGAUUUUACAGUUCAUUCAGACAGGUUUUUUCACUGUGGCAGUUUUCCUAAUGACACUGGCACUUCACUUUUUUGAAAAUCACAUUCAAAAGCCUAUUUUCCUUUUAAUUCAAAGUGUAAUAUUUAGAUCAUUCUUUGGGUGAAAUGCAAUAUUUAUGUACAGAUCCAAUUUGUGUAUCAUGAUGUACAUGAAUAAAACUUUUAUUGCCUCUUUAA